GCCUUCAGAAGAGCCCCACUCUGGCAAUUGCUGUUCAUUUCAGCCAAAACUACAGAGACAAGGGCACUGGAGUCAGGGAGACCAAUACCAGUCUUUCUACAACUAAACGAAUCCCCUCCAAAGAGGCUGAUAUUGGAAAAUCCUAUGGUCAGGUAGAUUCCACCCACCUCUGCUCAAGUGAAAGCUGAAACUCCUGCCUGAAAACAUACAUCUCAAUUCCUCUUCUAGUGAAUUUUGCAAUAAAAUUGUGAUCAGGUGGGAAAGAAGUAGAACUGCUUGUUCUUAUUCCUGUGACUGCCAUUGGGUCAGGGACAGGAGACGAAACAGCUACCUCUCUUUGGGGUCAUAAAAGCUCUUUACUUUUCAUUUUGUUAAAACCUCCAAGCUCCCUCCAGGAGUUGCUACAUGUUCAGAUUGAGACAUCCUUCCUCAUUUGCAAGCCUCAACUGUGGGGGCAGGGCCACAGAAGAGCUGCCAAAGCAUAAAGGCGUCCAAGGAAAAGCAUUACAACAGACUUGAAAGUGGGGGCAGAUGAACCCUUGUAUGUGACAGGCACAGAAGGCUCCUUCCCCAAAGGACAUCUGGGACCUACACUGACCUUUUCUUUACUUGCAGGUGUCUGAGAUUUGCCCUCCAAGACCAGAAGCAUGUGUUGUGCCAUCCAAAAGGCAGAAGCCCUGGGUGGGGCUCACUUGAUGCAGAUCCUUUGGCACAACGGGGAAGAGUCUCUCUACCCAGCAAUAUGGCUAAGGGACAACUGCCAGUGCUCUGACUGCUACCUGGAUUCUGCCAAAGCACGGAAACUUCUCAUCGAAGCCCUCGAUGUGAACAUUGGUAUCAAAAGCUUAACAUUUGACAGAGAAAAGGUUUACAUCACGUGGCCCGAUGACCAUUACAGCGAAUUUAGUGCUGAUUGGCUGAAGAAGAGAUGCUUUUCCCAGCAGGCCAGAGCAAAACUCCAAAGAGAACUGUUUCUGCCAGAAUGUCAGUACUGGGGCUCAGAGCUCCAGCUACCUACCCUGGAUUUUGAUGAUGUUUUAAAGUCUGAUGAACAUGCAUACAAGUGGCUGGCCACCCUCAAGAAAGUAGGCAUAGUGCGACUCACAGGAGCAUCUGACAAGCGAGGAGAAAUCGUAAAACUUGGGAAAAGGAUUGGUUUCCUCUAUCUCACAUUUUAUGGACAUACUUGGCAAGUACAAGACAAAAUCGAUGCAAACAAUGUGGCUUACACAACUGGGAAGCUAAGCUUUCACACUGAUUAUCCAGCCCUCCAUCAUCCACCUGGGGUUCAGCUUCUGCACUGCAUAAAGCAAACAGUCACAGGAGGUGAUUCUGAAAUAGUAGAUGGGUUUAAUGUAUGCCGAAAGCUCAAGGAAAAAAACCCACGGGCAUUCCAAAUUCUGUCCUCUACCUUUGUGGACUUCACAGACAUUGGAGUGGAUUAUUGUGAUUUCUCUGUACAAUCCAAACACAAAAUUAUAGAGUUAGAUGAUAAAGGCCAAGUGGUUCGCAUCAACUUCAAUAACGCAACCAGAGACACAAUAUUUGAUAUACCUGUUGAAAGAGUUCAGCCUUUUUAUGCUGCUCUGAAGGAGUUUGUUGACCUCAUGAACAGCAAAGAAUUCAAGUUUACCUUCAAGAUGAAUCCAGGAGAUGUGAUUACUUUUGACAACUGGCGUUUACUGCAUGGCCGACGCAGCUAUGAAGCAAGAACUGAGAUAUCCCGCCAUCUGGAGGGAGCUUAUGCCGACUGGGAUGUGGUGAUGUCACGGCUUCGUAUCUUACGGCAGAGUGUUGAGAACGGAAACUGAAUCUCGUGUCUGUGAUUUUAGAUGAUUCCAAUGACUGUAUUUAAUAAGAUAUGGUGCAAUUAUUCACAGGCUAUGAUCUGUGACACCUGCAUAUUAAUUUCCUUAAAACUGAAUUUGUAAAUCUCCCAUAAGAAAACUCUUUUCUCUGUAAUCAUAUGCAAUAUCAACUUUAUAGAUAAUGUAGCAGUGUGCUUUCUUCACCCCUUCUAUUCUGACACAUACAGGCUUUGAUUUCUUUUGUCCAUAUACUAUGUCCCCAGAAUGCCUCCAAAUAGUUUUUGUCACAUAAAACUUUUCUUCAAAUAAAGCUUUUUUGUAAAUAAAUCCUUUGCUACAAAUAAAGCUUAUGUUUCAAAUAAAGUUUAUCUUAUAAAUCAUG